AUGAUGCUUUCCACGGAGGAAAUUGCAACGAUUACACUCAAGUCGCCGUUUGUCCACGAAUACGGGGACACGCCGUACUUUAGGCGAUGCAUCAACGAGUUUUCGCUGCAGUUUUUUGUGCGUUACCGUACGAGCAGAGAUGACCCCUCGCAGCACCGCUGGUCCCGCCUGUUGG